AUGGAAAUAGGAAAGGGCAGAAAAGUAUCAUCCUUGAAGCCGUUGUUGGAUUCUAUACAUGGAUCUCAAAAUGACUUGACCGUGUCGGGUCAAUCCCCAGUGUUCAGCGAUGUUUUGAGAGGUGAAGCCCUGAAUAUCACCUAUGAAAUCAACAAUACCAUCUACCAGAAUGGGUAUUAUGUAGCAGACGGCAUCUACCCGAGGUGGACCACAUUUGUGAAAUCAAUUCCGCAUCCCCUAUUCGAGAAGCAAAAUUAUUUGCUGCCUAUCAAGAGGGUUACAAAAAAGAAGUGGAGAGGUGUUUUGGUGCUGAGGAGCAUAAUGAUGACAUGCAUCAUCCUCCAUAACAUGAUUGUGGAGGAUGAGUAUGAUUACAAUGAUGCAAACGUGUACAGACCGGAUCCCAUGAACACGGCCUUGAUAAAGAAUUUAUGA